GUGGAGGGAAGCCUGCCUUCCCACAGCCGGGUGAAAGGAGCGGGAGAGAGGCUGCGCGACCCGCAGGUUGCACCCCGAGCCGGGCCGGGCGGGCUGAAUACCCUCCCGGCGGUGGUGCCGGUGCCGUCCCCGCAGGCUCUGGCCGCCAGCCCUCCCGCCCACCGUGCAUCUUAAUUCGGCCAGCCGGCUCCUUCUCCUCCCUUUCCUCGCCGUCUUGUCUCCUCCCCUCCGGCCUCCAUUUUCCAGCGCAUCCAGAGACGGCGGCGGCGGCGGGGUCUGCCCGGCCUUCCUUCCUUCCUUCCCCCCUUUCUCUCUCUCUCUCUCGGCCCGGCCAUGGCGGCCAACAUGUACCGGGUUGGAGAUUAUGUCUACUUUGAAAACUCUUCAAGUAACCCAUAUUUGAUACGUAGAAUAGAAGAACUCAAUAAGACAGCCAAUGGAAAUGUGGAAGCAAAAGUGGUCUGUUUCUAUAGAAGGCGGGACAUAUCGAACACUUUGAUUGUCUUGGCUGACAAACAUGCAAGAGAAAUGGAAGAAGAGAUGGAAAACUCGGAAAUGGUGGAUUUACCAGAGAAACAGAAACAUCAACUGAGACAUCGAGAACUGUUUCUCUCACGGCAGCUGGAAUCCUUACCUGCCACACACAUUAGAGGCAAAUGCAAUGUUACUCUGUUAAAUGAGACAGAAUCCCUUAAAUCGUAUCUGGAACAUGAGGACUUCUUUUUUUAUUCACUAGUAUAUGAUCCACAACAGAAGACUCUUCUAGCUGAUAAAGGAGAGAUCAGAGUUGGGAACAAGUACCAGGCUGACAUAGUAGAUUUACUGAAAGAAGGUGAGGAUGAUGGCAGAGACCAGUCCGACCUUGAAACUAAAGUUUGGGGAGCAUUUAAUCCACUAAUAGACAAACAAAUAGACCAGUUUCUUGUAGUAGCACGAUCUGUCGGUACAUUUGCUCGUGCUCUAGAUUGCAGCAGUUCUGUUCGGCAGCCAAGUUUACACAUGAGUGCUGCAGCGGCCUCUAGAGAUAUCACACUGUUCCAUGCCAUGGACACUUUGCACAAAAAUGUCUAUGACAUAUCCAAGGCGAUCUCUGCACUUGUGCCCCAGGGUGGGCCUGUCUUGUGCAGGGAUGAGAUGGAGGAGUGGUCGGCAUCUGAGGCAAAUCUCUUUGAAGAAGCCUUGGAAAAAUAUGGAAAAGACUUCACUGAUAUCCAGCAAGACUUUCUUCCAUGGAAGUCCUUAACCAGCAUAAUUGAGUAUUACUAUAUGUGGAAAACAACAGACCGCUAUGUUCAACAGAAACGGUUGAAAGCUGCUGAAGCAGAAAGCAAGCUAAAGCAAGUAUAUAUUCCUAACUAUAACAAGCCAAACCCCAACAAGAUCAAUGUCAAUGUGAAGCCUGGAAUGGUAAAUGGUACAGGAACGCAGGCCCAGAACAUGGGAGCAGGACGAGCUUGUGAAAGCUGCUAUACGGCACAGUCUUACCAGUGGUAUUCUUGGGGUCCCCCUAACAUGCAGUGUCGUCUUUGUGCCUCUUGCUGGACAUACUGGAAGAAAUAUGGUGGCUUGAAAAUGCCAACACGACUCGAUGGAGAGCGGCCAGGACCAAAUCGCAACAACAUGAGCCCUCAUGGUGCACCCCUACGGAAUGGCGGGAGUCCAAAGUUUGCCAUGAAAACUCGACAAGCUUUUUAUCUACACACAACAAAGAUGACCAGGCUUGCCAGGCGACUAUGUAGGGACAUCUUGCGUCCUUGGCAUGCAGCACGACUUCCUUACAUGCCUAUCAAUAGUGCAGCAAUCAAAGCAGAAUGCACAGCUCGUUUACCAGAAACCUCCGAAAAUCCGUUGUUGUUAAAGCAAGUUGUUAGAAAACCUUUAGAAGCAGUGCUUCGGUAUCUAGAAUUUCAUCCUUGCCCUCUGAAACCUGAUCCUACUAAGAGGUUAUCCGGCUCUCUCAACAGUGUGCCUUGUUCUAAGUUUGCCCCAGUGAUUAACAAUGGAUCUCCAACUAUCUUGGGGAAAAGGAGCUACGAGCAGCACAAUGGGAUGGAAGGCAACAUGAAGAAGCGCCUGUUGAUGCCUAGCAAAGGGCUGCCUAACCACGGACAAACCCGACAAAUGGGACCAAGUCGAAACUUACUGCUCAAUGGGAAAUCAUACCCAACAAAAGUCCGGUUAAUCCGUGGUGGCACUUUGCCUCCAGUGAAAAGGAGGAGGAUGAACUGGAUUGAUGCUCCUGAUGAUGUUUUCUACAUGGUCACAGAGGAAACCAGGAAAAUUCGCAAGCUGCUUUCCUCCUAUGAAGCUAAGAGAGCUGCAAGAAGCCCGUAUAAGCCCAUCAUCCUCCAGCCUCUACAGAGUGUGCAUCUGCCACAGCCAGUGAAUGAUGAACCAAUAAUUAUUGAGGAUUAAAACAGGAGAGGUCUUUAAAACACUGGAGAGCUUUCCUCGAUCUCUACAUGCCAUUUUGUGACUUCACCAUUGAAUCUACUGCUAACAGAGAGAACUGACGUCUGUAUCUUUUACAGCGCAGUCCAAACAGACUUAGCUCCUCUAAGCCCGUUUACUCUAAGCCCGUUCAAUGGAUCUAGGCGGGUGUAAAUCUGUUUAGGGUUGUACUGUUAGAGUCUGAAAAGGAAGCCAGCCCCUCUCUGAGUCUUGACAACCACAGACUGCACAUGAAUGUGCUUGCUCCUUUUUAAAACUCUCUUGGUAACAGAUUUUUUCCUUUCCUUGUAGUUUAUUCUGUUCCUUUUGUAAACAAGUAGGAAGAAAAGUAAAUUUAAUUUAUUGAUGAGAGAAUGGGGGAUAGUAAUCUUACCAUAUUGUUUUAUCUUUCGAUAAAGGAAUAACCAGAUGACUUUGUUUUGUGACCAAAUUUUCAUUGCCAAGAUGUUUUAUGAGACUGUUGUAAAUUUUUUUUUUAUUUUGACAGUACCAUUUUAAAAUUCCAUUUAUAUAAUUUCUUUGUAGAUAAAAUGCCGAUGUGUAUCUGUUAUAUUUGGAAAUAGAAGGUCUAGAAACCAGCAACAA